CGUGACAGUGACUGUCUGGUUGGGCGGUAAAAUAGCGGUAAAAUUUUAUUAUUUAUUGCGCCAAUUUUUACUAGCAUUAGUGUAUAUAUUUUUAUUACAUGUAUUAAAUAUUCCUAUGUAAUUAAUUAAAAUACAUACUUUUGUGUGUAAAUAACGAAAUCACAAUGUCUAACGUAAAGACAAUAACUAACGCCGCUCGUAUGGUAGAAAAAACCUCUAGGCCUUUCAGAGUUUCUAUUGAAGGCAAUAUUGGAUCUGGAAAAUCUACGUGUAUAAACUUCUUCGAUAAAUUCAAUAACGUGGAAAAGCAUACGGAACCUCUGAAUGAAUGGCGUAAUGUCAGCGGCCACAAUUUACUUGGUCUCGUCUAUACAGACUUACACAAGUGGACUUUCCCAUUUCAACACUAUGUGCACUUGACUAGGCUAAAAAUUCAGACAAGUCCUCCAUCAAACACUAAUAUUACUGUGAAAAUGUUUGAACGAUCAGUACAAAACAGUAGAUUCUGUUUUGUGGAGAAUGCCAAAAACCACAAGUUUCUUCAUGACGCUGAGUACCAAGUCUUAACAUCAUGGUAUGAAUAUGUUGAAAAGAAUCUGGAUAUUGCACUUGAUCUCAUAGUAUAUUUAAAGACAUCUCCACAAGUCGUGUGGGAGAGGAUGAUGAAGCGAGGUAGGGCUGAGGAAUCUGAGGUACCACUGGAGUAUCUACAGCAGGUGCAUGAUGCAUAUGAGAACUGGCUCAACUCCCCAGAUGUAGGUUGUGAAGUGCUCACAAUAGACGCUGAUAGAAGUCUCGACGUCGUGAAAGAAGAUCUUCAAAGGUAUUCUUAUAAAAUUUUAGGUGGGAACCACACAAACUGACUGAAUUUUAUUGUUAGGUGAUGUUUUCUUAAUACAAUCUUGCCUUAAUAGGAUAGAACGAUGAUUACCUACAAUUUUUGUUGUUUAAAAAGAAGAUAAUUACCAAUGAGAUGUCACUUAUUGCUUCAAAACUCUGUGUUGUUUUGAUCUUAGAUUUUAAUUUACCUGUUUUAAGAAAUGAUAAUAAAAAAAGAAUUAAGCCAAGUAUAUACUAAUUGUAAACUGUUAAAAUAAUUUUAUUAAUAUAAUUAAGAUAAAUGUUAAAUAGGUAUGUAUAAAAAAGGUUUUCUUAUAAAUCAAGUUUGUGUUUGAUAAUUCUAUUGUUACUACCAUCCAAUAAAUUCGACCAUAAUCGAUGUGAUCACAGACUUAAUAUUAACUUCAAGGAUGUGAUUAUGUGUAUCAUUUUAGUUCCAUCAUUUGUGCUCUAUGGGUGAAUGAUUUGGCCAAUUGAGCAAUAAUAGGACGCAAAUUGACUAUGAUUUAGUUUUAAAUCUACUGACUACCUCAAUGAUGCCGAGUAAACUAUUUUAUUAAAAUCAAUAAAAUUUCUUAAACUGAGAA